GGCAAUGCACGGCCACGAAAAGAAUGCAACUGUUGUAAACAUUUCAUCUUCUGUGGACAUCAUUGAAUCUCACAAUGUACCAGUCUCUCCCGGUGCCAGUAGAAGGAUCAUAGCACUGAUAACCAAUAUCCAGAGGUUUCUGCAAGGGAGAACAAUUGAUCCAGGCUGCAUGUUCAGCCGCUUAUGGAACAAGUACCUAGUCGUGCUGAUUGUCUUCAUUUUCAUACUCUAUUCCUACGUCGCCUGUUUCCCAUCGUUUGAUACUUCUGAGACGGUGUAUGAGACAGUGCCAGGCAGGAAACUCCUGAUCGUGACCUACUUCUUUGAUUUGCUUCUCGUGCUGGAUAUCAUAAUCCAGUUGCGGACGGGUGUCGCGACUGCCAACGGCAUUCUAGUGGACUUCGCAUCUAUCAAGAAGAACUACGUAUUCAGCAUGGCAUUUGUCUUGGACAUUCUUGCUGUCCUUCCCUUAGAAGUCAUCUGCCUCGCAGUAGGUGACCAACACCGCUGGCAUCUCUUAUGUUUCCUCAGGUUAAACAGACUGCUGAAAUUUAGAAAAGUUAUUGCCUACAUCAGCAGUCUGGAGGAUAAGCUAGAUGUAGAUAUCAGCUCCGUUCGCACUAAAAAGUUUGCCAUUUACAUCCUAUGUGCUACUCACUUUUGUGCAUGCUUGCUGUACUUGGCUGCCAGCGCAUAUGGAGUGCACAAUAAGAGCAGCUGGCUUUUCAUGCUUGACAAGAAGGCUCAAGUGCAGGCCGUUCCAGAAGAAGAACAUCACGAGGAAGAAGAAGAAGAAGAAGAAGAAGAAGAAGAGAUAGGUGGACCAAGAAAUGAUACUACCGUGUACAUGUUGUCAUUGUACUGGGCUGCAACUACAAUGUCCAGCACUGGCUAUGGAGAUCUGUAUGCCCUUACAACGCUUGGCCAGAUUAUUGCUUCUUUCGUCAUGAUUAUUGGCUUGUUGUUGUAUGGCUACAUUCUGGCUGCCAUUGCUGCUCUCAAGGCCAAUGAUGACUCUGCUCGAGUACAGUACCAGACUAAACUAAUGGGAAUGAAAGCAUUUAUGUUGGAAAACAAUCUUCAUGAAGACUUGCGUGUGCGUGUCGUUGAGUAUAUGAAGCUAUUGUGGAGCAGAUAUAGGGGUGAAGCAGAACCUGGUACGGCUCGUAACAUCUUCAGGGAUGUGCCUGUGGCACUACAACAAGACAUUGCUAUUGAGGAUGCUGAAGCCCAUUUAUUAAAGCUUCCCCUAUUUCAAGAGAUGGAUGUGGGCUUUAUGAGAUUGUUAGCACAAAAGGCCCACUUGUAUGCAUUCAACCCUGGUGAGAUAAUCGUAUAUGCUGGAGACUUGGCCAGAGAGAUGUACUGCGUGCGCAGAGGCUUGUGUGAGUUCCUGACGGAUGAUCUCAAGAAGUGCACGGCAACUAUAAGCACUGGACAGUGUUUUGGGGAAAUAGGAGUGUUGUUCGAUGAUUACUGCCCUGCCACUGUGCGGGCAAAGACAUACGUAGAGUUGAUAAUGGUGCGUCGUCAAGAGCUCCACGAAGUGUGUCAGCAGUUCCCUGCGAUUCAGUCCCAAUUCACAAAUGCCAGUCAGCACAAGGAGGUGCUGGAGAAAAUCAAGAAGGAGGAUAAUAGGCGCAACAGAGAUAGUCAAACUAGGGUGCGCUCAGUGCUGGAUAUGGAGUCGAAGCCUGGCAGACGUGAGGAGGAGGAUGUAGAAGUCACGGCUCAUUUUAAAUCUUCGUUCAAAGUUCACACCAAGUACCAUCCUGAUGGCACAGUCAAUGAAGACUUCAUGAAGCCAUUCCGACGUGGGCCCGGGCGCUUUUUCGGCUUUAUACUAAUGAGAAUCACACUACUACCAAAUAGUAGGUUUGUGGUGGGGUGGGAGAUGAUGCGAGUCAUCUUGGCUAUGUUGAACACCUUCACCGUACCAAUCCAUGGCUCCCUGCUCAUUGACAGCAACUUCCUCUGGUUCCUCAGCUAUCUCAUGGACGUCAUAACCAUCGUCGACAUGUAUGUCAAGCUUCAUGUUUGCUACUUCGAUGCAAAUGACAGAUUGAUCACUCAUCCUCUGCUGACAGCGAAACGAUACAUCAAGAGCAACUUAUGGAUUGACAUUGUCACCAUCUUCCCAUUUGAGUUUCUAGCAUAUUCUCUUCACCCUGAACUUGAUCUUAAUGGUAUGCACGUACUGACAUUGUUCAGAAUCAACAGACUGCUGCAUUUCUACCGCCUGCCUCUUGCAUUUGACUUCUUGGAAUCAGGAGUAGAGUUCGACACGGUUAUCGUCAGAGAGCUGAAAUACCUCUUUUAUGCCAUCAUUUCUAUUAACUGGGUGACCUGCCUGCUUUUCAACUUUGCCUGCCCUCCGAAUCCUGAGAUGUUUGGUGGUCAUACCGAAGGCGAGGAAGAGGCGGAAGCUGGGAGUAGUUGCUCGCCUACAUCAUGGCUUGCCGGCAUUAAGUUUACUGAUGCUAGUGCGAAUGUUUACACGCAAUACGUGAACAGUUUGUAUUGGGCCUGUGCAACGACCCUGUCUGUUGGCUAUGGUGACAUAUUACCAUUGAAUCUCACUGAAGUUGGUCUAUGCAUCCUGCUUAUGGUUGGAGGAGUGGUGUUCUUCGGUUACAUUAUUGCUAGCAUUGCUGCUAGUCUGGCUAAUGCAGAAACACAAAGAGCCUCUUAUCUGGUGGAAAUUUAUGCUAUGAAGCAGUACAUGAAGGAUGAAGGUUUUGAUCAGAGCCUGCAGAGCAGAGUGAUUGAUCACUUCCAAUACUUGUGGAUUCGCACAAAGGGUAUAGAUCCAACGACUUUGUUUGAAGGGUUGCCCAUGUCCCUCCUUGGUGAUGUCUCUCUGUCACUCUACAAUGAGUUUAUUAACAAGGUUCCAGAGUUCAAAGGCACAGAUAUUGGUUUCUGCAAAAUGAUUGCCAUGUGCAUGAAGCCCAUGUAUAUCCGGAAGGGAGAAUACCUUGUCAGAAAGCAUGAUAUUGGAAACGAGAUGUUCUUUAUUCGUCGUGGGCUUGUUUCUGUCGUAUCGGAAGAUAAUUCUCGAAUAUUUGACACUAUGACAAGUGGUCAAUUCUUUGGAGAAGUAGGCAUUCUGUAUGGCACACCACGAAAUGCUUCCAUCAGAGCUGAGACCAACUGCGACCUAUUCGUGCUAAGCAAGGCAUCCCUAGAUGAUGUCUUGGCACAGUAUCCUGAAGUGAAGAAACAAGUGUACAAGACAGCAGAAGACAGGCGGGAGGCUGCCAGGCAGAGAAGUGUUAUGGCUGUCAGGGGAGAAAGUAUUCCAACCAAGGAGUUACCCAUAGUGACCACCGGGGGUGUUCAAGACGUUAGCAGAAACAUUCCAGCUGAUAACCAGGGUCUGUUCAGAAGGGUGAUACAUUAUAACAGUGCACUAGCAAUCUGGACAAAUUAUGCUGACUGUGUGGCAUCACUACUGAGCUGCAUACUCAUCUCUUACCAGGCUUCAUACGAUGAUCAGUCAACUGGAAUCUACGUUAUUGGCUACCUGUUUGAAAUUGUAAUUUUGUUCAAGGUGUUCCUGAAAUUCCGCACUAGCUACCUGAAUAAACAUGGAGAAGAAGAACUCGACUUUGAUGUUCUGUACAAGAACUAUCUCUACAACCCACGUGGGUUCGCAUAUGAUGCUCUGGCUUUCCUGCCAUUAGACAUCUUUGCAGCAGCGGGUGGCGCAGGAGAGAAACUAACAUUGCUUUCCAAGCUCCGCAUUAUUCAUCUGCUGCGCAUACCUCGUAUCUUGCAGCACUUUUCAAAUUGGGAGGAAGAGCUGCAGACCAACAUUCUGUUGGUGCGACUUGGCAAGUUUACCACACUGCUAGGACUAAUGAUUCAUCACUUUUCCUGCUGUUGGUAUGUCAUAGCUUGUGUCUCUGGAGAUUGUGGUGAAGAAAACAACUGGGUCACUAACUAUGAUGUUCUUCAGAUGACACCACUGUCCCGCUAUGUCUCAUCACUAUACUGGUGUGUUGCCUCGAUGACUUCUACGGGCUAUGGAGAUGUCCAUGCUUACACCAUUAAAGAAAUGUUGUACUCCAGCUUAGUGAUGGUUGUAGGGAAGUUGAGUUUCGGAUUUGUGUUGGGGAAUAUUGCUUCAACACUGGCAAAUCAGGAUCGUCAGCAAAUUCUCUAUGAUGACAAGAUUGCUGUUGUUAAGACCUUCAUGAAGAGCCAACUUCUCCCCGGCGCUUUGCGGCAUAGAGUGAUGGCUUACUUUAGUCUCCUGUGGAACUACAACAAGGGUGUCAGUGUGAAGCGCAUCAUUGCAGGCCUUCCAUAUUGCAUGCGUGGAGAAAUCAUGAUGAAGCUUGGUGGCCCGAUGCUUAAAAAAGUGAAGCUGUUCCGCAAUGUAGAUGACAGCUUCUUCCGAAUGCUAUCUCUCAAGCUGACUCACGUUCCAUUCAUGCCAGGGCAGUACAUUUUACACAAGGGCGACAUGGGCCAGGAAAUGUACUUUGUUCAUCGAGGACAGGUGGCUAUCGUGCCUGACGAAAAUGAACCGCAAAAGACUGUGGCAGUGUUGCAACCAGGGGACCACUUCGGUGAGCUGUGCAUAGUCUACCAUGCUGCUAGACGAAUGUCCGUCCGUGCUGAGACAAAUGUAGAACUCUUCAUUCUCACUCAGGAAGAUGUUGUUGAUGUAUUCAGAUUUUUCCCACUGGUGGCACAGCAAGUUAAACAAAUUGGCGAAGAAGAGUUUGGCAGUCACGUAAAAGGCAGCACUCAGAAAUAGUGUGCUUAAAAGCAGGCAAAUUGGGUAGUGAUAUAAACUAAGUUAUAUAGGUUUCUAUAUAAAAUUCAAGUGAUCACUGCAAGUAGAUCGCCUGUGGCUUCGUUGUGGUACAAUUCAUGUACAAUUACACAAAGGCGUUAUUUCAUUCCAUUCUAUUCAUGCCUGUUUGAUGCACCAAACCUAUUGGCCAGUAUAGCAUUAUUGCCUUUCAUUUUAAAAUCUUCACAUAGAAUAAGUGUGUGCAUAAAUUUACAGAUAAUUCUUGUACUUAGGAAGCACUUAGGAUUGGUAUGGAGCGGUAUAUUUACCAUGUAGAGGGGACACAACACAGGCAAUAUUUUUAGAUGUAGGCCCCCAUAAAUCUGUUACAUUCCCAUUCAAAGACUCACUUGACAAAUUUAUGCUCGUUUGCAUUGUCAGAAGUAUUUCAUUCUGUAUUAUCUUUUCCUCGCUUGAUAGGUAAAUGAUGAAAUUACCAGAGUUUAUUGUUAAUUAUUGUAAUUUAAAUGUUUUCUAAAAAAAAAUCCCCCAUAGGGAA